UAAUCUUUUUCUUGCUCCUCAUUUCUGUUGCUACUGCUAUUCGUCUUUUCUUCUUCUGUCUGUUUUUCUUUUCUUUUUUUGAAAUCAAUUCCCUUUUCUGCAAAAUAAAGGGUAACCCUUAUAUUGGCCAAUUAGACUGUGAUAUUUAAGAAGUUGAUCACACUUGUAAGUGAGGUUUUCCACUAUGAGUGCGCGUUUGCUUUGGGAUUCUUGUUGUAGAAAAUUGUGGAGAAAUACGGUUGUUGUUGUGAUUGCAAUUGCAGUCCAAAAACCUUGACGUUGUGGCGGAAAUCGCAUUCACAAUGACGAUCACAGGCCAUUGUUUCAAAAUCUUGCACGUCAGUUUCAAUCUGAGAUAUUCCUAUCUUCAUGUAAUCUGUGUUGUGAUCAGUAUAUAAAGACACAAAUGAGCAGUGGUGGAAGAGCUGGUAAACCCAAAGAGGAGGAACAAGAUGGCAUGUCCGUCCACUCUCCUUGCAAACCUCCCCCUUCCUCUGCUUCCUCUCUACCCAAGGAGCAAUCACAGGUUGAAUUGGAGCUGAGAUUGUUGGAAGCUCUUGAGAUUUACCCUCCAAUGAGGCUACAAGGAAUACAUCGCCACUUUGUCCUUUAUGGUCUGAUGGAAUUUCUAAAGAGGAAGUUUGACAGACACUUUUCUGCCGAGGAGGUUCUUCAAUUGUUGGAUCGAUUCUACAACAUAGAAAUGCUGAAAACAGAUGAUGAUGAGAUUGAUUUGCUUACCCAAGAAGAAGAAUUUUCCUUGCCUCAGAGUUACUUUGUGAAGGAAGAACCCUGAACAACAACUUUUGGAGUAUACACAUUUUUUGCUUCAACCAUUGUUCAUCUUUAGAUAUGUACAGCUGGUUAUCUAUUCCUUUCCCUUCUUCCCGUUUUGGGAUAUUAUGUUCACGUAGACCCCGUUAAGUGGGGGUUCUUAUCGCGUGUCUGUUAAGUUCCACCGGUAGUUCUGGGAACUCUGAUCCAGUUGGAUACCUUCUGUCAUAAUGUAUUUAGCUAGCUAGACUGAUUUGGAUAUAAUGCACUCAGACUCGAGAACAUUAGAUCGAUGAUAGACCCACCAUGCAACCUCAAUCUGUUUAUUUUUAUUUUUUAAAUCCUACUGCUAAAUCACACCAAUUUAGUGGGAGGAAUUUUCACUACCCGAGCGGCAAUGAGUGAGAUAAGGAAAAUGUAGAAAGUGUACAAGUUAAUUGAUAGGAAAGUACUGUUGUAGAAAAUUCCUACCUAUAAGUUAACUGAAUUGAUGCUGUGAUGCUGCUAAGAUGGUUUGGUUGAAUAGAGGAAAUAUGGUCUGAUAUGGGGGUGUAAACCCAGUUGUUAUAGAUAGUGUACUGAUGGCUACUUUUUGUGAGGAUGGGGAGUGCAGCCAAGUUGUUGGAAGACCUGAGAUAAACCCAAAAGGUCUUUUUCCUGUAAGGAGAUGAUGCAUUGUUUUUACCAAAUCAUUUUUUUUUUAAUUA